CGUCACGCCGCCCGACGCCCGCUCGGCAGGGUGAGCCCCGCGCCCGGCGCCUUGCAGGGCAGGACCCCGGGCCGGAGUGCGCGCCGGGACCGCCCGCGUGUCCGUGUCCGCGUGUCCGCGCCCGCGUGUCCGUUUCCGCGCCCUCGUGUCUGUCCCCGAGUGUCCGCGCGCCGACCGUCAGCCAGAAAAAUCAUUUUUCUUCUCUGGAGGGUGAACAUUUAUAGCAUCGAUUUCACGGAUCUGAUAACAUGGCAAAAGAUGCCGGUCUAAUUGAAGCCAACGGGGAACUAAAGGUCUUCAUAGACCAGAACCUUAGUCCUGGAAAAGGUGUUGUGUCCUUAGUAGCUGUUCACCCCUCCACAGUAAACACGCUUGGGAAGCAGCUCUUGCCAAAAACGUUCGGACAGUCAUCCAAUGUCAACAUUACACAGCAAGUGGUAAUUGGUACGCCUCAGAGACCUGCAGCGCCAAACACUAUCGUGGUAGGAAGCCCACACACCCCUAACACUCACUUUGUCUCACAGAACCAGCCUUCAGACCCCUCACCUUGGUCUGCCGGGAAACGCAACAGGAAAGGCGAGAAGAACGGUAAGGGCCUGAGGCACUUCUCCAUGAAGGUCUGUGAGAAGGUGCAGAGGAAGGGAACCACGUCCUAUAAUGAGGUGGCCGACGAGCUGGUCGCAGAGUUCAGUGCCGCCGAUAACCACAUCUUACCAAACGAAUCCGCUUAUGAUCAGAAGAACAUAAGACGGCGAGUCUAUGAUGCCUUAAAUGUGCUGAUGGCCAUGAACAUCAUCUCCAAGGAGAAGAAGGAAAUCAAAUGGAUUGGUUUGCCCACCAACUCAGCUCAGGAAUGUCAGAAUUUAGAGGUAGAGAGACAAAGAAGACUUGAAAGAAUAAAACAGAAACAGUCUCAACUUCAAGAACUUAUUCUACAGCAAAUUGCCUUCAAGAAUCUGGUGCAGAGAAACCGCCAGGCAGAGCAGCAGGCCAACCGGCCACCUCCGCCCAACUCUGUCAUCCACCUGCCUUUCAUCAUUGUGAACACCAGCAAGAAGACCGUCAUCGACUGCAGCAUUUCUAAUGACAAAUUCGAGUAUCUAUUCAAUUUUGACAACACGUUUGAAAUCCAUGACGACAUAGAAGUGCUGAAGCGCAUGGGGAUGGCCUAUGGACUGGAGUCCGGAAGCUGCUCUGCUGAAGACCUGAAAAUGGCAAGAAGCUUGGUGCCGAAAGCACUGGAACCCUAUGUGACAGAAAUGGCUCAGGGAUCACUCGGCAGCGUAUUCCUCACGUCAGCGGUUUCGACCUCUAACGGCACAAGGCUUUCUGCCAGUGACUUGACCAACGGUGCGGAUGGGAUGCUGGCCACGAGCUCCAGCGGGUCUCAGUACAGCGGGUCCAGGGUGGAGACUCCCGUGUCCUACGUCGGGGAGGAUGACGACGAGGACGAGGAGUACGAAAACGACGAGGAAGACUGAAGUGUGUGCUCACAGGCCCCGCUCCCCUCAAGUUCAGCUUCAGGAAAACAUGUUUAGGAAAGAGAAACUUUUCUUAAUGUGGGCUUUCCUGUUUCUUUUUGGCUUCCUCCCAAGAAGAUAUUGGUAAGCUAUUGCAU